AUGACCUGCGAUCGCAUGAUCAUUGGAGAGAGCCUUCGUCUGUGGUUCGGUUCCGUUGGCGCCUUUGAAGCCUAUGUCCAGCAAGAGGUGUCAGCUGCUUUCAAGGAUCGACUUGGAAGCUUGCCUUUGCCGUAUUCUUGGAUCGUCGGGAGCACGAUUCCAGCUAUGUGGCUUGCGCUCAACGAUGCCAUCGAGCACAUCUAUGCAGGAAGAUCUCUGGAAGGCGUAGCCUUUGUGUUCUACGUGCUGUGCUGGUGGUUGGUCCUUUUUCCGGUGAUGAUCUUCCUUUGGAUGAAGGUCGUCCUCCGGCUCCGAAGACGCUUCUCCCAGCUAUGGCAGGAGAUCAUCGUCAACCUCGCAUGCACCGUGGUCUUCGGUCUGCUCUACCUCAUCCUGGCCCUUUUGGAAGGUUUCAUCUUUGCGAGCCUCAGUUUCCUGCAGUGGGACAUGGCACUGACAGUUUAUGCUUCUGCAGCAUGGGUUUUGUCUGGUCUGGUUGGAUUCUUCCUUUGGUUGAAGUCAGCCAGAGCUCCAUCGCGAGAGGCAGAGGCUGAAUUGGCCGAGACUCACCACGAACUUCAGGUUCCCACAUAG